AUGGCAGACGAAGAGCACAAUGGGCUCGAAAUAGCAUCGGCGGCGCUGGGACAACCGGCAAGCGUUGGGGAAGUCCCCUUCUAUACUGGAGAGCAGACUGGACCUACAUCAGCCCUAAAUAUUUGCUCCCUCGAUCAAUCUUUGCCAAAGCAUUUUUUCAUACCAUUGCACCGCACGCAUCUAUCUGACGAAGAUCAGGAUUUCCUGAGGAGGAAGGGAGUGUUUACUCUUCCAGGAAAAAGCGCUUGUGAUGCUAUGAUCGAGGCAUAUCUUGUGCAUGUUCAUCCCAUUCUCCCAGUAAUCGAAGCGGAUGUGCUCGUGAAUCAUCACCAGGCUGGGCAGCUUCAAGACUAUAACAUAUUGCUCCUGUGGAGUUUCUUUUUCGUCGCUGUUAAUUGCAUGUACAGCAAUGGAAAUGAAAGAAGCAAAGUUGUGCUGUUACAAUCGUCACUAUUGAUGGGGUUCUGGCACUCCGACAUGGAUGAGCAUGCACAGCCAUGGUAUUGGACAGGCAUCGCAAUAAACCUAGGUCAGAUCCUUGGCCUACAUCGCGAUCCCGAUGUAUCUUACAACAACCCCUCUAUUACCGACCGACAGCGAUGUGUUUGGCGUCGACUUUGGUGGAGUUGUCUUUUCCGAGAUCGCUGGUUGUGUCUGACUCUAGGGAGGCCACUGCGGAUCAAUCUCGAUGACUGCGAUAUCCGAAUACCAUUGGCAGCUGAUCUCCUCUGUGAUACUCUGAAGUCAGAUGGGUCCACCAUCGCAUCUUACUUGCCUUGCGACAUGAACAGAUUGGCUGAAUACUGGGUCAUGCUAAUUGAGUUAAGCUGCCUGCUAGGUAACGUACUAGUCAUGUAUCGUCGGCCCGCUGUCCUCAAAGCAUCGCUAGCUGAAGUUGAGGGACUUGAGGGACGACUACUACGGAGCAAACUUCCAGACCAAUAUGAAGUGGCAAUGUUGGUUACCUUCUAUCGCCGCUGGGAAACCGAAGCUCCGGAUGGUUUGACUUCCGCGUUAGUGGAAAGCUGGCAACAUCGAAUGCGACUCAAGUCUGAUGCUGCUGCCUCUAAAACGAACGAUAUUUUGGACGCGCUUAUUCAAGAGGAACUGCUAGGAUUUGCAGGACCUAUGACGUUAGUACACUCUGUCGAAACCUCUCUUGUGCUCCUUCAACCUGAAGAAACAGUUGUCUUUGCCCUGAACUAA